AUGACAAAUAAAGAAAAUGCUGAGAUUGCUGAUCGGGGGCCGCAAAAGGCCGCUACUUUAGCAGUACAUCUAGUGAGCCAAGUCUUAGAUGAUGCUUGUAUAAUUUUAAAUGAAGCCACAGAAUUAGGAAAAUCAUGGCGAUGUAUGUCAAAAUUAAAAAUAGAUAAUAAUAGUAGAUGUGUGAUUGAUAAUGAACACUCAACUUUUAUUGUUGAGAUGGGCGACAGCGAUGACGUUGACAAAAGACAUGAACUGAAUACAAUGACUACGUCCACGCCGGAAAAGGUUACUGGUCAGGAGGGAGAUAUAUUUCAAGACCUAAGUGGUUUAAGAAAAUCUACAUCUACAUUUAUAAAUCGCUUAUUCGACAUGAGUGACGUCGAAUAUAUCCAUGAUGAUUCGGAUUUAGCUCAGAAAGCAUUAAGUACUAAUGACUCACUAACAGAAGAUAUUUUUAAAAUUGUGGAGUUAUGUGUAGAAUCUGCUCUCGUUUCUGACAUUUAUGUCCAGAAUACUAUACUUGAUGACGGCGUCGAGAAGUCGCCGAGUAGUAACCAAUCCAGCUAUUCCUUUCUUGACGAUGCUUUCUCAAGUAAUAUUGAUAAAAAUAUAGCAUUUUAUAUCGAUGAUGACGUCACUACUAAUAGCAAGGUUGAUAUUAAUGAUUAUAAAUAUAAUACCUACGAAAAUACUGAGGCUAGUGUGAACGUAAACGAAACUAUACAAAGAAAUGUCGCAUUAUAUGAAAAUGCCUAUGCCACAUUAAACAGAGACGACGAGCAAUAUUCCGAUGAAGAAGACUUUGUACACCAAGAUUCAAAAUCUUUAGCAUUACAAGAAGUGGAAUUGUCUGUUAAGAAUACAUCGCCAGUAAAGUUGCCGACGUGUGACAAUGAAUGCAAAGAUGUUGCUACUACUUCAGCGGUGUCAGCUUCAUUAGUUUCUCGUAAGAGUGGUCUGGUUAAACGAUGCCGUCUGCAGGGCGCGAGACUUUUAUCCUGUUUACGAGGUUGGUGGUGGCGUCGCAAACUGCCUGGAGGACGGAAAGAACCCCGUGUACCUGGUGCUUUACGGGGUCAAUAUACCCUCUCACCUUCCGCGAGGAUUCGUGCAGCCAGUUUGCUGGAUCACCGUCGCAUUCUCUCUCCAUCACUCUCCCGCUCUAACGUCUGGAAGUUCAACACUAUCAACGAGUCUGUGGUCAGUUCAGCACACUUGAAGGAAUAUGCUUUUCAGAAGCCUGAAUGCAAUGAAUAUUAA